UCCUGUCUUUUCCACUCUACCCAGUUCACCUUACCUUGGAAGAAAAGAUUCUUCCUUUCUAGCUCAUCCAAGCCAGAACAGAAGCGAAGCCUUCCGCCCACUAUUCUAAUCUCUCGUGCACCCUAAUUUAAUCUCUUGAAGCUUAACCGAAGAGGAAAAUUGUAAUAGUAACUACUGGAAGACUCCUAGCUGCUCUCCUAAUCUCAUUCCAUUCCAUCCCAAGAACAGAGCGGACGGAGGCGAACGGAGAAGACAACAGCCAGAGUCAACCAGUAAGCAGGUAUGAUGUGCCCAGCAAGGAGGCUUGUGUUUGCGCUUGCAUUGGCUACAGCGUUUUCAAUAGCGGUUGCAAAGAGAGGAGAUUUAUAUAAUAUCUUGUCUAAGGAUAGCUUGCCUGAUGCAAGCAAGGUGACAGGCCUACCUGCAGCCAAUGGAAAGCUGUGUCAACUAUGUGAGCAGUAUUCAACUGAGGCACUGCUCUUCCUCAAACAAAACGAAACCCAGAUUGAGAUCCUUAGCAUUCUCCACCAUGAAUGUGCAAAUCUUGCCCCUCUGAAACAGCAGUGCAUCACACUGGUCGACUACUAUAUACCACGUUUCUUCAUGGAGGUUUCCAUGGUUAACCCUGAAAAGUUCUGUGAAUCGGUGCAUCUCUGCAAGAAGGGGAUGAAGAUUCGUCUACCCACACGGGAGGAUACUUGCAGUUUAUGCCAUCAUGUUUUUGUUGAAGUUCUUAUGAUGCUUAAAGAUCCUAACACGCAGCUGGAGGUAAUCGACCUACUUGUCAAAACAUGCAGCAAGGCAGGCAACUAUGCACAGCAGUGCAAGCUACUCGUCUUCAAGUAUGCCCCGCUGGUUCUGGUGAAGGGCCAGAAGUUCCUUGAGACGACGGACGUCUGCUCUGCAAUACAUGCAUGCAAAGCAAGCACACGAACAUCAACGGGAACCAUUCUUCUAUCUGCGACUUUGUGAAGAUUUUGUGAAUCUUUUCUGUAAAAAAAGAUGAUGUGAAUCAGGAUAAGGCUUAUCUGUUUAGGAGAUCGAAUUGGGGAGAAAGGAUGAAGGUCAGAUGCCUGUUGGAACUCUUUCCUCUAUUGCUGGUACACUAUUGAUUGGCGAAAAAUUGGCUGUGUAAAAAUCUUUGGUAUAAAUUUGGAGCACUAUCUACUGUCUAUGAACUAUACAGCUACUGUGCAGCUACAACUAUCUCCGAGCAUUGGAUUGAGUGUCAUGUAUUGUUUGAUGCCUGUCGCAAGCAAUUAUCGCAAUGUGUCAUGUAUUGUUUGUACAA